GUCACAGUGACGUGUCGUAAUUUGGAAGAUUUCGUUUGGCAAUUUAUUGAUUCGAUUAAUUAUCACUUUACGCAUGAUUCUCUCUGAAAAUAACAGGGCUGUAUUAAAUAUUUAACAUGUCGAGCAAGAAUAAGUCCAAUGAUGGCUUGAAUAAAGGUAAAGGCGGUGAUUCAGUGUGGAAAAAAGCCUUUACGUCUCAAACGGAAUGGCCAGACAAGGAAGAAUUUCUAGACGUUAUUUAUUGGAUGCGGCAAGCUAUAGGCAUAAUAUUAGGCUUAGUUUGGGGUGUACUGCCUUUGAAAGGAUUCCUGGGUCUUGUACUAUUUUUGCUUGUGAAUGCGGCGGUAAUAUACAUUUACGUGAAUAACUUCCAAAGUGUUGAUGAAGAUGAGUUUGGAGGGACAUGGGAGAUCACUAAAGAAGGAUUUAUGACUUCAUUCGCUGGGUUUUUGGUCACCUGGAUUAUAAUGUACACAGGUCUCCACGGCAGCUUUAGUUUAUGAGGCUUAAGGAAACAUUAAUGAGUGCACCAAAUGUAUUACGCCAAGAUGAACUGCCAAGAGAUUUGUAGUACAAACAAGUGGGAAUGUGUUUUAUCAUUGUGUACAUGCUGUAAGGGACAUUAUCAUGCUAACUUGUAACUGAAGGAUGGUUGACAUGUCUUCAAUUGUCUAGUUAUAGUUCUAAAUGUAUUGUGUAUCGGAAUGAACUACUUUUAAAUCCAGUCAAGCAAUAAUUUUAAAAAUAUAUUUAUUUUAUUGCAUUUAUUAUCUCUCUGGAGAAAUCAAUAAUCAUUUAAGUUUUAGCGGAAUUAUUUAGGAUCACAUGUAAUUUAAAGAACAGUUGAUAUAUGAAGGAAUAUUUCUAUUAUAAUCUGGAUAUGGAUGGUGUGAGGUGACAGUAUUUUGCAUUUCUGUAGCAUGUAUCAAAUAAGACAGCAGAGCAGAAUAUUAGUGAAUAAUUGUUAAGUUUUAUCAGAUGUUUUACAGGGUUAAGUCAACAUUUUGUUUUGUGCAGAAACUGAUGCAAAGGCAAUAAUAUUAUGUAGUCUUGUUUGUAAUGUUAUUUGUUGUGUGAAGCCCUCAGUUUGCAAUUAAGUCCUUGUUUUGAACAAAUAUCAAGUUUAUUUGAGUAAUUAAAUUUUAUAAUACAAGA